UGCGUAAAUAUGUUCUGAUUUAUUUCCGUUGGCGCUACAAGUAAUGAAACGAACGCGUCGUGUUGACUCUCCGUCUCUCUCUCUCUCUCUCUUCUGUGAUGAGGAUCUUUCGGGUGUUCAGGCCAUGGAGGUGGCGCUUGGAUCCUAACGUGGUUGGCCGUGUAGUGCCCACGGGGUCUAGUCACCAUACAAAUGCUAGAAGUCUUUGUUGCAGUGCAGGCUUAGUGAAGAAGAAUGAAGGAGACGAGACUCUGCCGGUUUUGAUCGUGGGUGGUGGGCCUGUGGGCUUGAUUCUUUCCAUAUUGCUCACUAAAUUAGGAGUAGGCUGCACAGUUGUGGAGAAGGGUGAUUCUUUUUCUCACCAUCCUCAAGCUCAUUUCAUCAACAAUCGGUCAAUGGAGCUAUUUCGGAAGCUGGAUGGUUUGGAAAAGGAGAUCCUUGAACUGCAACCUGCAGUGAAUUUAUGGAGAAAGUUCAUUUAUUGCACUUCUCUUUCCGGUCAAAUCAUUGGGUCUGUAGAUCAUAUGAAACCUCAGGAUUUUGAACAAAUUGUGAGUCCUACAUCUGUUGGACACUUCUCACAGUAUAAACUCCUGAGAUUGCUGCUGAAAAGACUCCUAAAUAUGGGCUUCCACAUUUUCACUGCCGAUAGAUGCAACAGUGACCAAGUACCUGGUGGUAAAUGGGAGAAGAAAAUACUGAUGGGGCAUGAAUGCAAGUCAUUCAGUUUUACUGAUGAUGGUAUCAUGGUGAAGACUUCCUUUCACAAAGAAGGGAAGUUGGUUGAAAGGAAUAUCCCAUGCAGCAUCCUUAUUGGUGCGGAUGGUGCCGGAAGCACAGUAAGAAAACUAGUUGGCAUAGACAUGGAAGGGGAAAGAAAUAUGCAAAAUCUUGUUAGUGUCCAUUUCUUGAGUCAAAAUCUUGGAAAAUACCUACUUCAUGAGAGACCCGGGAUGUUGUUCUUUAUCUUUAACCCAGAAGCUAUAGGGGUGCUUGUUGCACAUGAUCUCAAUGAAGGAGAAUUUGUCUUGCAGAUUCCAUACUACCCUCCUCAGCAAAACUUGGAAGAAUUCACGGUUGAGAAAUGCCAGGAGAUAAUCUUCAAAUUAGUUGGACACAAGCUUGUCGACAUAAAUAUUAGAGACAUAAAACCAUGGGUGAUGCAUGCAGAAGUUGCUGAGAAGUAUUCUGCUGUUAAUAAUCGAGUAAUGCUUGUGGGUGAUGCUGCUCAUCGUUUUCCUCCUGCUGGUGGUUUUGGGAUGAACACCGGCAUUCAGGAUGCUCAUAAUUUAGCUUGGAAGAUAGCAUGUGUAAUGCAUGGAUUUGCUUCAUCUGCCAUCCUUGAUACAUAUGAGAUGGAGCGUAGACCGAUUGCUCUUUUCAAUACAUCUCUAAGCAUUGAAAAUUUCAAUGAUGCCAUAUCAGUCCCUUCUGCUCUUGGCCUUAAUCCAAAUAUUGCAAACUCUGUGCAUCGCGUAAUCAAUAGUGGAUUUGGUGGCAUCAUUCCCUCUGGAUUGCAGAAGUUACUCCUUGAGGGAAUUUUUACCGUUGGCCGUGCCCAGUUGUUACCAGCUGUUUUGAAUGAAGCCAAUCCUUUUGGAUCUGCAAGACUAGCUAAACUCAGGGGCAUCUUAGAAGAAGGAAAAAGCCUUCAACUUCAGUUUCCUGCUGAAGAUCUCGGCUUCAGGUACCAGGAAGGAGCCCUUAUAACUAAUGCAGAUAGAAACCCUGAAGAGCGAAAAGUAAAAUUCGGUGGCCGGAGAAAAGAGUACAUCCCCACUGCCGAAGUUGGAGCACGUUUACCACAUAUGAAUUUGCAUCUCCUGGAUGCAUCAUCCCCUCAGGAGACACUGUCUACACUGGAUCUGGUACGAGGAGACAGAGUUGAGUUCCUUUUACUGGUAGGACCCAGAAGAGCUUCCUAUAGUCUCGCAUCUGCUGCCCUCAAGGUCGCAGUAGGCAUCAGAUUACCCCUAAGAGUUUGCAUUGUGUGGUCUGAAUCCUUUUCUCAUCAGUGUAUUGAUGAUGGGAGGAAGUCACUUCAAGAGCAAUCAGGCAGUGUGAUUGAGGUUCAGAUAAAGAAGACACAAGCAUCAUCUUCUUGGUGGGAGUUGGUGAGCAGGGGAGCCAUCCUUGUGAGACCAGAUGAUCAUAUUGCAUGGCAGGUUGCUCUUUCUGAAUCUAUCCAAAAUCCUGCCUUGGAGUUCGAAAGGGUCUUCUCUCAGUUAAUGAGAUUGUGGAAGACAAAGGAAGAUUCUGCUGAGGACGAACAUAAGAGCAUGGGACAUUGGAUAAAUCACUCUAGCUUGUAAGAAAAAGCACAUCCAAACUGAGACAAACAAAGAUUCUGCUGAGAACGAACAAUAAGAGCAUGAGACAUUGGAUAAAUCACUCUAGCUUGUAAGAAAAAGCACAUGCAAACUGCUAGCAGCAUGUUUCACUUCCAAAGUUCAUGACCCAGAUAGCAGCAUUGCAGCUCGUAACUGACAUGAAUUAACCAUUGUAGCAGCAUAUUUCUGAGAUUUAUAAUGAUUUUAGUUCUUUGUAAGUGAUUUCCAUGUUUAUUAGGUCCUAAGCAAAUUAUGUACUACAACGAAAGUAUUAUCCAAUGAAAAAUCGUAUCUAUCUUUAA